AUGAAAAGAGUGCUAUCAAUUCAAUCUCAUGUAGUUCAUGGAUAUGUUGGAGGAAAAUCAGCAAUUUUCCCAUUACAAUCCCAAGGAUGGGAUGUUGAUUAUAUAAAUUCAGUACAUUUUUCAAAUCAUACUGGAUAUGGAUCAUUUGUUGGUAAUAAAUUAACUACCAUGGAUUUAAAUUUAAUUUUAGAUCAAUUAAUUAAUAAAAUGCAAAUUAAAUAUAAUGCUAUAUUAAGUGGUUAUAUACCAAAUUCUGAUUUAAUAUCAUGUUUAGGUUCAUAUAUAAAAGAAUUGAAAACAAGAGACCCCGAGAUUUUUUAUUUAUUAGAUCCUGUAAUGGGAGAUAAUGAUUAUUUAUAUGUUGAUAAAUCAUGUAUUGAAGAAUAUAAAAAAUUAAUGAUUGAAAAAAUUGUGAAUUUAAUUACUCCAAAUCAAUUUGAAGUUGAAUUAAUAACAGGAAUUAAAAUUAUUGAUAAAACAACAUUAAAAGAAGCUAUUUCAAAACUACAUAAAGAAUUUAAUAUCCCAUUAGUAGUUAUAAGUUCAAUAAAAUCAGGUAUAUUAAAUAAUGAUGAUUCUUUUAUAUCAUGUAUUUUAUCAGUUAAUAAUGAAAUAAAAUAUUAUAAUAUACCAAUUAUAAAUUCUUAUUUUACAGGAGUUGGAGAUUUAUUUAGUGCUUUAUUAUUAGAUAAAUGGUUUUUAAAUUCAAAUAUAACUGAUAACUUACAAAGAUUAAGUAAAUCAAUAAAUCAAGUAUUAACAAUUAUGAACAAGACUCUUAAUUUAACUCAUAAAAUGGGUUUAGAAUUAGCUUCAAAAGAAGGUUUAAAUGGUGAUGUAAAAAAUUUACAAGGUAAAAUUAAUGAUGGUAAAACUAUGAAAUAUUUUGAAUUAAAAGUUAUUCAAUCGAAAGAAUUCUUUAGUUAUUCUGAUGAUGGAGAAUUUGAGGAGUUGAGUUUGGAUUAG